AUGUUAUCAAUGAAUACAAUAGCUGCUGCUUUACUUGAUAUACAUGCUGAUCCAUCGUUACUUUCCAUCAUCGAUCAAUGGUGGUGUCCGACAUGUUCCAUUCAAACGGAAGAUGUUCCUCUUUGUGAAAAGUGUCAAAAAAUGUUUCAGCUAUUCGUAGACGAUCUUUCUGAUGAUGACCAAUCGAAAUCGAUCAUAUUUCGUUAUCAAUAUCCAAUCAACGAAAAAGCUAACAAUGUGCAAUUUGGGGCACGUAAUCCAUCAAAGCCUAUUUCAGAUGACGAUCAAAUGAUUUUGAUCAACUCUGAUAUGCAAGGAUCUGAAACAUGUAUGUCAUUAACUGUUCGUGAUCGUCGACAUAAGCAUGAAUCUGGUGCUGAAAUUAUAUUUCAAAAAAUAAUUAAAAAUUAAAUAACAAAGGUUGCUCCAUCAUCCGAGAAUGAUCGUAAAUUAUCAUGGAUAAUAUUUUCAUCACCUACACCGAGUGAUAUCAAACAAGGUGCUUUAGGCAAUUGCUGGCUUGUAGCUGCUUUAGCUUUAAUUUCUGAACGAUCUCGUUUACUUGAGCAUAUUCUUCUUACAAAAACAGUUAAUAAUGAAGGUGUUUAUCUUGUACGUAUUUGUCAUAAUGGUUUGUGGAAAACAAUUAUUGUUGAUGAUUUCUUUCCAUGCACAAAAUAUGAUCAUCUUGUCUUCGCUCAAGGUAAACGUCGUCAAAUGUAUGUUCCAUUGAUCGAAAAAGCAUGUGCCAAACUAUUCGGUUCUUAUGAAGCUUUGAGAGGUGGGAAUAUGUCUGAAGGUCUACAAUUAUUGACUGGAGCACCAUGUGAUUAUAUUGAUCUUAAACCAUCGGAUACUCCACUUGAUGGUGAUAGCGUCUGGGCUCAGCUAAUGUCUGCUUGUGAAUCAAAAUUAUUGAUUGGAACAUCAUCAGGUGCAACUGGUGUCAACUCAGAAGAAUAUGCUCGUGUUCACAUUCAUAAUAAUCAUGCAUUUUCUGUUCUUGCUGCCCAUGCACUCAAUAAUGAAUCAUCUCGCUUUGUUCUUGUUCGUGAUCCUCAUUCUUAUUCAAAUUAUCGAGAAUCAUCCGUCACAGAAAAUGUUCUGAAACAAUUACGUUUAGUUAAUUCUGCAAAUCGCUCUACAGGUGCUUUUUGGAUAUCAUGGCCUCGGUUUCUUCGUUAUUUUUCAUCAUUAACUAUUUCAACUUAUAAUAGUGAUCAUUUUGAUAUACGUGAACAAUUUAAAUUUACUCGAUCAUCUACUCAACCUAUUAUGACUUAUCAUUUUCAUGUGCCAAAAACAUCAUCAGUCAAUAUAAGUCUGAUACAUCAUCGUCAUGAUCGAACAGCACGUAGUUCUCUUACUCUGUCAUUCGUUUUAUGCGAUACUGACGAAUUAGCAUCGACUGGUAUUAUUGGUAAACGAGAAAGCAUAUUGAUAGGUAAAAAUGGAUCUUUUACAUAUUGGACAGGUUCAUUAAGAGCUGGUUAUUAUGUACUUAUACCUUUCUCAACUAGUUUCUGGCAAAGUCAUAAAGAAAACAGAGAUUUUACUAUUGUCAUACAUUCAAGUGUUCAACUUGAUUUAGCUAAGAAAAAUAAACCGACAACAUUUCUUGCUGAUUGUCUCAUUUCAGCUGUUAUGAAAAAUUCUAAAAAAAAUCAAGAUAAUGAAGCUAGCUUUUAUAUAUCAUCAGGUAAAUUAGGAUCGAAGAUAUUCAUCGUCGAGAAUCUAUCAACAACAAAAUGGUUAAGUCUUGACAUGGAUAUAAAACAUGCAACAAACGUUCAUCAUUCUCGUCUCAUUAACUUGCCAAAUAAGAGUCAUGAUUGUAUCCCACCUCGACAUCGUCAAGUGGUAUUUAUUGCUGAAUGGACUGAGAAACAAGGAAAAUCUGCUAUUUUGAAUUAUUCGUAUUCGUACAGACAUGAAAAACAAGCGACUGAUCCACGACCGUCAAUUAACAUUUCUCAAUAUGAUUUACAUUCACCGCGAGCAUUUUAG